CCGCCUGUUGAUAAGACAGGAAUCAGAUACUGAGGUGAGAUGACAGUGGUUCUGGAGCCUGAGUUACAGAGCUACCACUAGUAGAUAGUUCCCUCCUCAUCCCCAGCGUAACAGGUCCAUCUGCAGGCCAGCCUCUGUACCCAGCCUCUGUAUCACUGGCUGCAUGAGAAGUGUUCCUAUUGGAUCAAUCAGGUGGUAGUAUCGGAGAGGCUCCAAUACACCAGUGUUAUCCCCUAGUACACACUGGAGUAGUGGCUCACACAAGGGCUGCAAUGGCUCGCCACCCUCACCCCUGUGUGGAGUAUUGGAGGUAGCAGUCUCUUAUAAUAGUGCAUAUUGCUGUGUCAGUGGAUUGGACUUUUUUUAACGCUGAAUGUGAUGGAUUUAUUUGUUAAACAUUAAUGGUGUAACGCAAAUGUGUCUAAUGCUGCCUGAUUGAGGACAACGAUGUUGCAGUACGGAGACAGACAUGUGACCAUGAGCCAAUGAAGAUGGAAGUUACCAUUGAUGUAGAAAACGACCAUCCCUGGGUCCGUAGGUGACCUUCAAACUUAAGUGUUGUAACAAGCACUGGUCAGUUACCUUAAGUGGACAUUACAUAAGGACUAAUACAUAAACGUGACCUUUCAUAGGAACAAGCAGCUCAAGGUCACAAUCUCUGAUAUAACACAGUUCAAGGUCAAAAUCUCUGAUAUAAAAGAUCAAGGUCAACAUCUUUGAAACAACAGUUCAAGGUCAACAUCUUUGAUACAACAGUUCAAGGUCAAAAUCUCUGAUACAACAGUUCAAGGUCAACAUCUCCAAAACAACGGUCCAAGGUCAAAAUCUCUGAUACAACAGUUCAAGGUCAACAUCUCUGAUAUAAGAGUUCGAGUUCAAAAUCUUUUAUACAAUAGUUCAAUGUCAACAUAUUUGAUACAACAGUUCAAGGUCAACAUUUCUGAUACAACAGUUCAAGGUCAACAUUUCCGAGAUAACAGUGUAAGGUCAUCAUCUUCAAAAUAGUCCAAGGUGUCAACAUCUCCAACACGAUCAAGGUCAACAAGGUUAAUACCUCUAUGUUCUAGAACCAAGGUUCAGUUUUGGACAUCAGCUGACACAAUAACACAAUGCUAGCAGUAUAGCCUUGUGUCCUGUUCAUUAUUAACCAACUGAUUUGUGGGCCAGCUAUUUACUGUCAGCAUAAAGUGAGGAAUUAUUACCACUGAGGCUACCAAAGGAUUGUUGAAUUACGUUGAUGAAUAUCAUACAUGGUGUUUGAUAGACAGAGAGGCGGUAAAGAGCUCGCUUCUGGCCACAAUCUAUACAAGGAGGUUAAUAGGACCACUUGGUUGUCAGUAUUAACACCCUAAUGCAAGGCCGUUGACGCCAAGAGCUUCCGACGUUCCUACGUCAGAGUCUGUGGUAUUACCGUGGUGUUGGUGUGACAACACGAUCAGCCAGAACUCGUGCAUUCAACCAUCAUACAGAAGGGGUGCCACAUCUUACACGCAGCACAAGGCUAAUGGUGUGAUUUCCUGGAGCCAGGAAAUCGAACGCGCCAAUCUGAUAUAUAUACUAGACGUCCACAAUCUAAGAUAUAGACCAGACAAGAAGGACAUUUAGAUCCAUGUUGGGUUAGAAUGAAGUAAACCCUAGCAUGCUAGCCAGGAGAAGCAGUAAUCAAUAGAAGAAAACACACAAUCACAUCCGACUCAAUUCAUAUUCAUUAGUACACAAUGUAGUAACGAAUGUCCCACCUGCUUUACAAGACUCCAGUACAGAUGAAAUUAGAGAAAAAAUUGACCAAUAUUAAUCCAAAUGUUCUAAGGUUAUGUACUCUCUUCUCUGACGUAGAUAAAAACUGAUUUUGAAAGCUUCACACACAAACCACAGGAAUGAAAUAGUUCAGAUAAUCGAGUUAUGUCAGGCACAAAUGUUUGCUAUAGACUAUAACCUGAUAUGUGACUUACUCUAUCCCUGAAAAUGUGGAGUAAAGACCAACCAUGCAGCUUGUGUAAUAUAAAUGUCUGGCUGUAUAUCAUGAUGGCAGUGCUGCCCCUGUGCUGUCCUGAUAAGGGACAGGACAAGAUGUGGACACCACCGUUCUGUCCCAAACUGUGUACCUGUAGCCUGAGUCGGUAUGAGCCACCCACACAGGGCAAACUCAUGAAGACGAUCAACUGCUCCGAGGCAGGACUCGGAUCUGUCCCAAAGAACCUAUCCAACCAGGUGGAGGUAAUCAUGCUCAAAGGCAACAGAAUCAAAUACCUCAAGAUAAGGGACAUUCUGAACUAUUUAAAGCACUUUGAUGUGUCCUCAAACAGAAUAUCCAAGAUAGACAACAGACUACAAAAGUUAACACAUUUAAAGUCUCUCGACCUUCACAACAACAGUUUAUCUUACCUACCCAACGGUCAGUUUAGCGGUCUCAAAUUCCUGGCCUACCUUGAUUUGUCCAACAACGUUUUACAUUCCAUAGAGAAGCACUCAUUUGGGGGACUCAACUACCUCCAGCGCCUCAAUCUGGAGGGCAAUAAGCUGUCAUUCCUGGAGCGGGAGUGGUUCCUCAGCAUGCCGUCCCUUAGGUGGCUGUACCUCUCAAGGAACAACCUGCGCAACAUAGAACCAAACAUGUUUGAGACUCUGGCGAACCUCGCCGAGCUCCGACUAGAUCACAACAACAUAUUUAACAUAGGUGAUGAUGCAUUCCAUGGAAUGAACGAGUUGUCUACAUUAGACCUGUCCUUCAACAAGUUGAGCAGGGUUCCCGAUGGUACAGUUCUCUCAGUUGCGAGUCUACAGUGCCUGUACCUGGAUGGGAACCCAAUAUACAGGAUCAGUCGAGGCGCCUUCAAAAAUCUCAAUGUUUCUCUCAUCAGGGCUCGGUACAUGCCAAAUCUAAAUGUCAUUGAAAAACAAGCCUUCAAAAAUCUUCCCCAGCUUCAAAUUUUGGAGCUUCAUGAUAAUCCCAUGCUCAUUUAUGUUGAUUCUGAUGCUUUUAGUAAUGUUCCGCGUCUCAAGAGUUUAUAUUUACAUAACAACCGACUGUUUGCUGUGCCUCGAGCCAUCAGAACAGGGUUACCCUCAUUGGAAAAAAUUCAUAUUUAUAACAACAAUCUCAGAUGUGACUGUAAUGCAUAUUGGAUAAGACAGGAGUUGGUGAAGGAGGAACAACAACCCAACUUUACGUCGGUUUUGUAUGAGGAAUCUGUUUUACGCUGUGAUUCUCCGCCAAACUUAUCUGGUCGACUAUUAAAAAUGCUUCCGAAAAAGGCAAUUAACAAAACAUGUGCACCUUCAGCCCUGCCUUUAUUCGGGACCAGCUACAAUAUCAGUGUUGGAGAGGAACUGAGGCUAGAAUGCCAUGCUCUUGGUGUUCCUGACCCCCAAAUAAAGUGGCGACUCCCCAACGGGACAAUGUUGUCAGGGUCAGUUAAGUCGGGGCGGGUACAAGUGUUUGGAAAUUGUACUCUGAUUGUGCGACAUCUGCGGCCAUCAGACAGUGGCACCUACUUGUGUAAGGCAAUGAACCAGAAUGGAUUUGACAUUAGCUCAACGUCCGUAAUGGUGAACAACAAACCAAUCCGAAUCAUUCCCUCCAGCAUUGCUGGGGACUAUGUGACAAUCAUGUGGAAUGGGACCACAUACCGUUCAAUGAUAUCGGACUACCAGAUACACUAUCGGGUACCCUCAUCCACAAUACAGUACAGCACUAUCCACCUAGGGCAGUUUGCCACCCGUUACACAUUCACCAACCUCAAACCCCUAACAAUGUAUGAGUUCUGCAUCGUUUAUGUGUAUGACACGGAGCAGUACACAGUAGACUGUGUCAAUGUGACCACUACACAGCCUGGUGAACUACCCAUGGGCAUCACCAGGAUAGACAAACGUAUUAUCAUUGGUUCAUGUGCCGUCAUCCUGCUAGCGAUCGCGCUUGGCUGUGUGAUAGCUGUUGCAAGACGUUUUCGGAGGCACAAGGAGUACCUUGAACCCACUAGUCACGAGAAAAGUGAAGCCAUGGCACAUAUUCCAUUGGACAAUUUCUAUAAUCCCCCUACCACACCAUUGUGUUCUUCUCGAACUUCCUUAAUCAGUGCUCAAGACUGAAGGCACACUCCCCGAACUAAAGGGAGGUAACACAUUCCUAGACUCCAAUGCCAAGAGAUAAUCUAAUGUAAAAUAAUGGAAGAUAAUGUGUGUUUUCUAUUCAUAUGGAGAUAAUAUCAAAAGACACACUAAAGUCAGGAUUGCAUGGUUGGAAAUAAGGGGAGAUAACACCACAAGAUUAAGAUAGAUUCUUACAUAAUAGUGUGAAUUAAUUUAAAAGUGUGUACCAAAUUCCAGGAGUUCUCAUGGAGGUUAGUGAUAUUCUGUACCAAAAAGAUGUUAUUCACGUGCACAAAAUCCUAUCUUCAUAUGCGUAAAUGUGCCAGAGAGCCUGAGGAUGAAGUUUCCCCCAAAAUUCUACGAUUUGUAUCAAAAUAUAUGUAUUUAUUGCUUUGUGAUGUGGUUUUAAGUAUAGAAAUUGUAAUAAUAAGUGAUCACAAAAAAAUACGUUGUUGCAGAAAUUUAUACAAGAUUUAAAGUUGGAUUAAGGAGCUAUAUGGAGGAUUAUUAUUAUACCUAAAAUUGUGACAAUUUAUGUGUUCAUAGAAGUGAAGGUAAGGAUGGGUAUUUGACACACAACUACAGUACGGUCUCAUACAGAGUAGUCGCCCAUAGGAGCAAGCGUGUUACUACGACACCAAGCCAAGGACAUGUUGGUGUGCAGUCACAUGUGAUAUCUGUCUUAUAAUAUCCCUGUUAGUGAGAUAAUGCAUUGUAAACAUUCAUUCUGUGAAAUUAAAAUGCUGCUUCUCUCCUGUCAAUCCAUAAUUUAGCAGUAAUAUGGUGAUUUGGUCAUAAUUUACUCCCGUAAACAGUUCCGAUAAAAGGUCAUGUGACCUGUCAACACGUCCCUCAAGGGCAAUUAAAAAGUGUUGAUAAUGGCAAACUUUGAUAGUACAGAGAGAGAAAAUCCCUCUUUCAGCACAUAAAUGACUUGUUCAAUUAGUAAAUUUAAAGUAAUUACUUAAUUAUUAAAGUCAUAUUUCCCGAUUGGGGUAAACAAUUUUUAUAUUUUUCACAAGUGUGUAGCAUAAGUGAAAAAUAUUUUUAAAACAUUAAAAAUGAAAUAUAACUGAUCCAUCAGGGAACCAGAACCCAUCAGUGUUCUUCUUAUUAUACAAACAUGGGCUUCCACGAACAUAACAGUCCACCACAUGAAAACAAAAAUGUUGAGCCAAGGAAUAUGCUGUAUUGUGACACCACAUUAAGAAAAUAUCAGGGCAUCAUCAACAUCACAAUGGAAUAUUUAUACCCAUUGUUAGCUAUUUUUCAUACUAAACCUUGCUCUCUAGUUGGUUUAGUUUGAAAAUAACAAAAAAUGCUAUUUGCUACAGUAGAAAAAUAACAUCUUUGUUUUCGCUGUUUAACCUUAUAUUUCACAGAAAAAAAUGCAUUAUAUCUUUGGUUCAAUUUUUCCCAGUGGCUAUCAAAUAUUUUUUGGUUGAUCUUAAACAAAUACUUUUAAAUUCUGAAGUACUUUUUCUGUAUAAUUUUUGUUUUUAAAUAUUUGUACAUUAUAUGAUGUAUUAUAAAGCAAAGUCAUUGCAAUUCUUUUGCUUGGUCCUAAGCCUGUUUUACAUAAAAAAAAAUGUUAGUAGUUCUUCCAAAUCUCAAUUCAUCACAACUUUUCUGACACUUCAAUGUACAAACUACAGUUACUUCCAGCAGGCAAGUGACAUUAUAAUGUAAUGUUUUCAGUGGUAGAUUUCACCAACAAAAAGUAAUGGCCUUCAGGUUUAAGUACUACUGUUUACUUCAGUUUACAGGUUUUUUUCUUGAUGAAAGUGAAAUAAUAUUGUACACCCAGAAACUUUCGCCAGGUCAAACUUUCGCCAGGUCAAACUUUUCGCCCUCUGACAGUAAUAUCCAUUUUAGUCCCUAGUUAAAUUUGUCAUUCACAUUUGUUUACUUAAUGCUUAAUAUGUUAUAAACUUAGUGUUCAUCAUAAUAAUAAAUUUGCCCUCAUUUAAUUACGGAGGACAAAUGAGGCGAAAUUUAAACUGUGGCAAAAAUUUCCCCUGGGGCCUGUUCGUUAUGUAGAACAAACGGUUUGUCACUUUUUAAAUGUUACAUUUUCGGGUACAAAUACUAAAGGACCUACAAAUGUUUAUGCAGGCCUUGCAAAGGCUUUGUCAAAGGCUCACCUGUAAGUAGCAUCAGAUUAACAAGUCUGACCUUAUUUCAUAAAAGAACAACUCUGGUCCAACUGGUUCAACUGUUUGGAUCGCGAUAAAUGAAAGCGGCCCAGGUGUAUAUUAAUAUUAAUUUUUAUAACAGUAAUUUUUUUUAGAUCGGGACCAACUUAUAUGCACAUUGCAAUACAAAAAUGGAAAAUGCUUGUGGUUGGAAAAUUUGUUAUGCAGACAACCAACAUAACACUAUCUUCUUAAUUCAUUGAUGUAUUAAUAAAUAUUCUGCAUUUACAGUUUGUUUAAACAUUUCUGAAAUGUUGUAUAUAUUCAGUCCUGACAUGUUUGGCACUGAUGAUUAAUUAAGAGAAAAUGUGUGUUACUGAAGUAAAUGAUACUAACUUUGAAUAAUUAAACAAGUGUCUUAAAUGGCAAGGUACCUUGGCGUGAUGCCACCCUGUUGCUAUAUAGGUCAGUAUUAUCUAAUCUUAACUCACCAUUUUGCAUGUCAUCUAAUUGGCCCAUAUCACUGAUAGAUCAUGUUUGUUGUACAGUAUUAGUAUGAUGACUAAGGUAGUCUUUUUUUAAAUCCUUCAGAUAUGCUUACAACAUUUAUUAAUAAAUGGUCAAUAUUAUCGAUGUUUAUACAAUUUCUUCCUUAAACUUCCAUAUUAAUCUAAUUCAAAUUGGAUAUUUGCAUCGCUCCCAUUUACGUAUAUGUCGUGACAUAUCAGGAAAUGGGAGUGAUGCUAAGAUCUAAUUUCAAUUAAAUUUCUUCGAUAUAUGUAAUAUGGUGCUCCACAUUGCUGAACCAUCAUACCCAUUAAGAGUAAUAGUUCCUGUCAUCUGUUACCUUGACUGGCAAUACUUAAAUUUUGCAGGCUCUCAUUUUUACAAUUUUACUCCUGCAAAUUCUCUGGGUUUAGACUUAGUGCUACAAAGUCUCUAGUCCAAACUCUCAAUCAGAAAGCCUAUGUUUACCGUAGGACAUAUCUGUUAAACUUUCUUUUUUCUAACAGCAAAUGUAUUGAAAAACAUAAUGAAAUGCAAGUUGUAUAGAGUUUGAGUAUGGCACAGCAAUAAUAACUUCAAACCAUUGUAUAUGUAAUAUAUGUAUGUGGCUGUCACCUGUUUUCCUAAAUCACCAGUUAUCAGUGUACUUUCAUACAUAGAAUACAUCUAGACUUGCUAAUGUCCCAGACUAGCUAAAGUCCCAGAAUUUUAUAGCUCUGCCAAUGUUUCUUUUGUUAUACAAUCAAAAGCCUUUGGACUGAAUCUGUACUAUUUAUCAAGUCACUUUAGCUUUAAUGUUUUAUCAAAAUCAAAAAAAAUAUUUUAGGAUAAAACGAUUAUGGAAAUCUUGAUAGUCUAACAAAGGCCUGUAUUUAAAUGACUAUCAUUUUAUUGUUAAUAUAUUUAAGAAUUAAAUCAGCAUUAUGUUUGAAAAAUCCCACUUUCCAUGAAAACAAUAUUGUGAACUGACAUUUAUUGACAACAAAGACACAAAUAUAUUCUCAUUCCAGCUUGUCAAUGAAGUAAUGAACUAGCAAUGAUGUCAAAGAAUAUCAUAUUAGUCAGUGACAUCCCUGUUAGGGAGGAUUCUUUGUCAAAACAGUGUGACUGUCUAAUGUUUGUCUUCAUCUGUACUCAUUUAAUAUUUCAGAUUGCUGACAUGUAUGUGUCGUUCUCUUUACUUUGUCAAUCAAAAACAAUAAAGUGCAAAAUAAGACAUUU